AUGUAUAGUGACAAGCUUCAACUCAUCAAACAAUGGAAGCUUUUAAGGGAUCAUAGUGAUUUCACAUCGGAAAUUGUUGACUUUUGUGGUGUUUUCAUCUGGACUAAACAACUCUCCUUUGUAAACAGAUGUCCUCCUCGUACCUUUUUACCAGCAUUAUGCAAGAUCUUUUUGGAUGAAAGUGCCCCUGAUAAUGUUUUAGAGGUGACUGCUCGUGCCAUAACUUAUUACCUGGAUGUGUCUGCAGAAUGUACCCGCAGGAUCGUGGGUGUAGAGGGUGCCAUUAAAGCACUUUGCAACCGUUUAGUUGUUGUGGAACUCAAAAACAGGACCAGUAGGGAUCUGGCGGAACAGUGUGUCAAGGUGCUUGAACUGAUUUGUACUCGUGAGUCUGGUGCAGUGUUUGAGGCUGGAGGCUUGAACUGUGUGUUAACUUUCAUUCGGGACAGUGGUCAUUUGGUUCAUAAAGAUACCCUGCACUCUGCCAUGGCUGUUGUUUCAAGGUUGUGUGGGAAGAUGGAACCCCAGGAUUCAUCUUUAGAGACUUGUGUGGAGUCCCUGUCUAGUUUACUGAAACAUGAAGAUCAUCAGGUGUCAGAUGGUGCUUUGAGAUGCUUUGCUUCAUUAGCGGACAGAUUUACACGUCGUGGAGUUGACCCAGCUCCAUUAGCCAAGCAUGGAUUGACUGAAGAACUGCUUUCCCGUAUGGCUGCAGCAGGUGGUAGUACAGCUGGACCAUCAUCUGCGUGUAAACCAGGACGUGGUUCCACUGGAGGCCCAUCUACACCAGCAGAUUCUAAACUGAGUAAUCAGGUGUCCACCAUUGUAAGCCUGCUCUCAACACUCUGUAGAGGCUCUCCAUUAGUUACUCAUCCUUUGAAGUAA